AUGGCAUCAGCGAAUCUGUCACAGCGAGGGAAAGGAAAGUUUACAAGCGAUGGAUAUAUCUAUAUUUUUGACAAAGUCGGUGCUGAUCAAGUCACAGAAUUUUGGAGAUGUGAAAAGAGGCGGCAGUGCAAAGCAAGAGUUCAUGUAAAGGAUGGAGAAAUUGUCAAAUUUAUCAAUGUUCAUUCACACGCAGCUGACGCAGCUCAAGUGGUAAAGCAAGAAACUAUUACGAAGUUAAAAUCUCGGGCUGCUGAAACGGUGGAACAAACUAAUCAAGUUAUCAACGAAUGUGUAGGAAAUCUGACACAAGCAUGUCAAGGAGUCCUGCCCACUCACGGUGCUCUACGCAAACUUGUGCGAAGGAAAAGAAAGGAGGUCAGAGCAUAUCCUGCUAAUCCUACUAAUCUAGAAAACCUGGUGAUUGAUGGUGAUUUUCGAACUUAUGAAUCAGAAAAUUUUCUUCUUGGUGACAGUGGUGAUGCGACAUGCAGAAUUAUUAUAUUCGGAAGGCAAAGAAAUAAAACUUUACUGAAGGAAUCCAAAAAAUUCUUUGUUGAUGGAACGUUCAAAAUUACACCUCCCCUUUUUUCCCAGGUGUUUGUCAUUCUUGCAGAAAUGCAUGGAGGUAUUCAUCCAGUCCUAUAUGCCCUACUUCCAAAUAAAUUACGUUCCACCUAUGACAAAUUAUUUAGUAUGAUUCUAGAAAUUCAACCCGAAUGCCAUCCUGAAGCAAUCUACUGUGAUUUUGAGGUGGCAAAUUUCAAAAGUCUUCAGGAACAUUUUCCAACUGCUGAAAUUAGGGGAUGUUUUUUUCAUCUGACACAAAAUUUACAUAAAAGACUUACAUCCUUUGGACUUUCUAGACAAUACAAUAAUGAUGCAGAUUUUGCUUUGAGAGCUAAAAUGAUCAGUGCCCUGGCAUUUGUACCAGUGGAAUAUAUGACUGAAGCAAUUGAAAAUCUCGCUGAUGAGCUACCAGAUGAACUACAAGUACUUCUUGAUUGGUUUGAGGACAACUAUGUUGGCAGAAGAAACAGAAGGGGUAAUGGCAGACGUGCUCCACUUUUUCCACAGGAAAUGUGGAACGUUUAUGAACGCUCCUUAAAUGACGAAGACAGGACAAACAAUCACGCAGAAGCUGCUCAUCGAAGACUGCAAAAUGAACUUGGAAUGCAACAUCCUACUGUUUGGAAAUUUAUUGGUUUGAAAACAGUCCAACGUGGAAGAGACCUAUAUUACGAGCAGCUGAUCGCAGGGCAAGAGCCACCUGUCAAGUUGAAGAAAUACAGACAAGCAGAUGAAAGAAUUAAAGCAAUUGUCAGUACAUUUGAGAGUCGAAAUCUUGUAGAAUAUCUUAGGGGAAUUGCCCAUAACUUUUCAUAG